AUGUCGAUGAGCAACGAGAGCUUCGUCGAGCCAUCCUCGGCCGAUGAGAUCGACUCCCUGCCCUCGUCCUCGACGAAUUCCGAGGCCGACGAAGAGGAAUACCUGUCCGAUGCGGAUCGAGAAUGGAGGGAAUCACUGCAGCAGCUAGAGCUGUUAUUGACCAUGGUUAUGGUCCCAUAUCUGGGGAAAUACUUUGGCAGGAAAGCCGCGUAUUGGGGGUGGGCCAAGUUCAUGGAAUGGAAGUAUCCCGUCGAUAUUGUCUUUUCGAGUCCGACGACGUUCAAGCUAGCUGGAGCAGCCGAGGCAGCCGCGGCACUGUGA